GUUUCCCCGCGUCCACGGAGCUGAACCAGCUGUGGCCCUGCCCGGGAGGAGCUCACAGUCUAGCGCGGUAGACCGUGGUCAGCAAUGUGUCCGGCGCAGCGAGAGGGUCGUCUUUAAUUUCAUUGAGAAGCUGAGGGAAGAAUGGAAACAGGUGCUCGUCCCUGUGGCCUCCAUGUGUAAAGCAGAACGUGUGAGCAGAGUGGACGUGGCUGUCUUCCAAGGCCUCUUUGGGGCCACAGAACCAGGCACUGUUUGAGUGGACACACUGCUCCGUGCUGUGCACCUCAGGACCUCCUGCGCUGGUCAUGCCUGUGCCCACAGAGGGCACCCCUCCACCCCUGAGUGGUACCCCUGUCCCAGUGCCAGCCUACUUCCGUCACGCAGAACCUGGCUUCUCCCUCAAGAGGCCUGGGGGGCUCAGUCGGAGCCUCCCGCCCCGGCCCCCUGCCAAAGGCAGCAUCCCCAUCAGCCGUCUCUUUCCUCCCCGGACGCCAGGCUGGCACCAGCCCCAGCCCCGGAGGGUGUCAUUUCGAGGCAAAGCCUCUGAGACCCUACAGAGCCCCUCAUAUGACCCAAGCCGGCCAGAGUCCUUUUUCCAACAGAGCUUCCAGAGGCUUGGCCGCCUGGGCCAUGGCUCUUAUGGAGAGGUUUUCAAGGUGCGCUCCAAGGAAGAUGGCCGGCUCUAUGCAAUAAAGCGCUCGAUGUCACCGUUCCGGGGCCCCAAGGACCGGGCCCGCAAGCUGGCUGAGGUUGGCGGCCACGAGAAGGUGGGGCAGCACCCGCGCUGUGUGCGGCUGGAGCAAGCCUGGGAGGAGGGCGGCAUCCUGUACUUGCAGACCGAGCUGUGCGGGCCCAGCCUGCAGCAGCACUGUGAGGCCUGGGGCACCGGCCUGCCAGAGGCCCAGGUCUGGGGCUACCUGUGAGAUACCCUGCUGGCCCUGGCUCACCUCCACGGCCAAGGUCUGGUCCACCUUGACGUCAAGCCUGCCAACAUCUUCCUGGGGCCCCGGGGCCGUUGCAAGCUGGGUGACUUUGGGCUGCUGGUUGAGCUGGGUACGUCUGGAGCUGGUGAGGCCCAGGAGGGAGACCCCCGUUACAUGGCCCCGGAGCUGCUGCAGGGCUCCUACGGGACAGCAGCCGACGUGUUCAGUCUGGGUCUCACCGUCCUGGAAGUGGCAUGCAAUAUGGAGCUGCCCCACGGUGGGGAGGGCUGGCAGCAGCUUCGCCAGGGCUACCUGCCCCCUGAGUUCACUGCUGGCCUAUCUUCCGAGCUGCGUUCUGUCCUCACCAUGAUGCUGGAACCUGACCCCAAGCUGCGGGCCACCGCUGAGGCCCUGCUGGCUCUGCCCAUGCUCAGGCGGCCUCGGCCAUGGAGCAUUCUGUGGUACGUGGCUGCCGAUGCCCUCAGCCGAGGGUGGGCCCUGUGGCAGGCCCUGCUUUCCUUGCUGUGCUGGCUCUGGCACGGAUUGGCUCACCCCGCCAGCUGGCUGCAGCCGCCGAGCCCACCAGCCACCCCGCCUGGCUCCCCACCCUGCAGCCUCCUCCUGGAUAGCAGCCUCUCCAGCAGCUGGGAUGAUGACAGCAUAGGGCUCUCACUCUCUGCAGAGGCUGUCCUGGCCAGGGCUACUGGGAACACCUCCACCCCCCGCAGUGGCUCCCCCGCCCCCCGGAACAGGUACACACUGAGGGAUGCCCUGGACCUGAGUGACAUUGACUCCGAGCCCGCUCGGGGCUCCUUCCCCUCCUUCGAACCUCGGAACCUUCUCAGCCUGUUUGAGGACUCACUGGGCCCAGGCUGAGUCCACAAGCCAGCCUUGGCGCUUUUAACCUUUUAGCCACCCCCCCAAUCCUCCUGGAGGUGGGGUUCCCUCUGGGAACUCCACUGGUGCCUCCUGCCUACCCAUGUCUAAUAAAAUGUAUUUGAAUCUUG